CGUUAUGAUCUGCUUCAGUAGUUAGUUUAUUUUUCUUUAAAUAAAAAAAAAUAUACAGUUAUCAAACUUGCUUUUUGUUGAAUUUUAGAAAAAAGACCUCGAAAUGUUUUCUAAACGUAUGGUUAUAUCAAUGAUAGUGGUUGGUUGUUUGGUUCAAUUCAUGACUUGUACACCAGAAAAAAUACAAAGCCAAUCACCCAAUAGCCCACCAAGAAGACUUGCAGGAAGUAAACCCUCACCAAGCACAACGAAACCCAGUGCGGGUCGUCCAAAUAGUUUAUCAAAACCACGCGCAGUACUAACACCAAACAAUGUGGGACCUAAAGGCAAUACUCCAACCAGGAACCAGCAACCAUUGUCAAGGAGACCGACCGGACCCAAGAAACCUGAAGCUGUUAAUAAAAAUGUAAAUAACAUUCCUGAAAAUGAAGAAUCCGAUGAACAACCUGUUAGUGGUUUUAGAAAAUUUUUUGGAAAAUUAAAAGGUAUAAGAAAAUACGUAUGUCCAUUUAAAAUUGCUCGCAGAAUAUAUGGAAAGAGCAAAAGACUUAGAUCUAGGAUAAUGAAAUCAAUCGGAAUAAAAUCAACGAGCAACGAUAAUGGAGAGAACUCAGAUCCUUAAUCAAAAUGAUAUAUAAGAAACAGUCAUAACAGUUUUACUGAACACACCUAUAAUAUUGUAUGACGGUUAUUAAAUACAAUUUUGGUUAAUAACAUAUCGUGUAUAAAAAAUGUAUUGAUUAAGUUCAUUUUUAAUGUAACAUAUAUAUUUCAAAAUUUGUUACGCUG